AUGAUGCUGAGUAACUACGAUUAUGAGGAAGAAUUCCUUAAAGCGACUACAACGUCUAUCGACAAACAGUUUUGGGACUAUUUCGAUGUAACACCAACCAGUGCGGCCAACCUUACUGAGACAACAUUAGUUCUUCGAGAUCAAAGUGCAGUGCUCAUCACAUACAGUAUAUUGUUGGCUAUUGGCGGUGUGAGCAAUAUUACCGUGUUGGUGACGUUGGCUCGGUCGAGGAGGAGAAAGUCGAGGGUGGAUCUGUUGAUGACGCAUCUUGCGUUGGCCGAUGUUUGCGUCACGUGUGGUGUGAUACCGUUAGAGGUAAGUGGCUUUUGUAUAUGUUAUCUGGACUAG